UUUUUCAAUUGCUCCACUUGGAUAGUCGUUAAAGAAUUGAGAUAGAAUAUAGAUUGUUUUGCCGGUUAAAUUUUGAUGAAUUUCACACUGCUCAUUCAUUUCAUUAACACCGUUUAAGUAUAAGAGCCUUAGUUCAAUAAAGAUGAAUUUGUGGUUUAAUAAUUUAAUAUUUUUGUUAUUUUUCUUCGGAAUAGUAAAUUCCGAAAUCUUUUUGGAAGAUAAUUUUGAAGAUGAUACCUGGAAAGACUUUUGGAUAUACAGUAAACAUCCGGGCAAAGAAUUUGGUAAAUUUGUCAGAAGUUCUGGAAACUUUUAUAAUGACAAAGAGCAGGACAAAGGCUUACAGACAUCCCAAGAUGCCCGAUUUUAUGCAGCGUCCAGAAAGUUUGAACCAUUUAGCAAUGCAAAUAAAGAUUUGGUGAUUCAAUUUUCUGUCAAGCACGAACAAAAUAUUGAUUGUGGUGGUGGUUACGUGAAACUUUUUGACUGUUCUUUAGACCAAACUGAUAUGCACGGUGAAUCGCCUUAUGAAAUAAUGUUCGGUCCUGAUAUUUGUGGCCCAGGCACAAAGAAAGUACAUGUUAUUUUCAAUCAUAAAGGAAAAAAUAUCUUAAUUAACAAGGAUAUACGAUGCAAAGAUGAUGUAUAUACCCAUUUCUAUACACUGAUAGUUAAGCCAGACAACACAUAUGAGGUGUUGAUUGAUAAUGAAAAAAUAGAAUCCGGUAACUUAGAAACUGAUUGGGAAUUUUUACCGCCGAAGAAGAUUAAGGAUCCAAACGCUAAAAAGCCAGAAGACUGGGAUGACAGACCAACGAUUCCAGAUCCUGAUGAUCAGAAACCCGCAGAUUGGGAUAAACCUGAAUAUAUCCCUGAUCCAGAUGCUUCUAAGCCUGAAGAUUGGGAUGAUGAAAUGGACGGUGAAUGGGAACCACCUAUGGUGGAUAAUCCUGAUUAUAAGGGAGAGUGGCAACCAAAGCGGUUAGAUAACCCGGACUAUAAAGGAGAGUGGGAGCAUCCAGAAAUCGAUAAUCCUGAAUAUGUACCAGAUGAUAAUUUGUAUUUGAGAAAAGAACUAUGCAUAAUUGGUUUUGAUUUAUGGCAAGUUAAGUCUGGCACUAUAUUCGAUAAUGUUCUAAUAACUGAUGAUAUUGAGGAAGCAUCAAAAAGAGCGUCAGCGGUUAAAAAUAUUCAAGCUGGCGAAAAGAAAAUGAAAGAAGCUCAAGAUGAAGAGCAACGGAAAAGAGAUGAAGAAGAAGCUAAGAAAAAUGCAGACAAAGAUGAUGAUGUUGAUAAAGAUGAAGACGAAGUAGAAGAGCCAUCGAAUGAUCAUGAUGAACUUUAAAUUCUUCGGCUAUGUUAACGAUUUUUUUCAUAAGUUUGCUUAAGACUUAAUAUUUAUUUUUUCUAAUCUGGAGACUUUACGAGCAUUGUUUUUGAAAGCAAAAAACUUGAACUCUUAAAAUAGACAGCAUAUAUUGUUGUAUAAAAACUUUGUACAGACGUACCAGUAAAGCUUUUAUUAAUUUUUUUUUAAUAUCUUCAGGCUCUUAUACUAUUUUUCGUCGAUAGUUUCCAAAUGCGGUACUCGGUACUUUCAAUAAAAGCCGAGACUAAAUAUUACUAAGGAAUUUGAUUCUAAUUUAAAAUGCUCUACAUAGUCAGUGUAGAGCAAAGGAAAUGUUUUUCGUUUUAUCAUACGAGGAAAAACUACCAAGUUCAAGAAAAGAUAAGAAGAGGAAAACGAAAUGAAAAUAAAAAAGUGAAGUAAA